AACACGGUUGCAGCGUGUCCGCUCGUGUUUCACUCUUAAAAAAGUAACAAUUAAAAAGGAUAUAAAUAUCGUGUACCGUGUUGAAGAACAACACUGUUAUUACAUCAAAUAAUUUUUAUUACGUGAAAAAUUAGGUGGUUCGUGAAUAUGAAAUUUAAAUAUUAAAUAUAAAAAUAUACAAUUAAAACUCGAUAUUUGUAAGUGAAUAAAUUAAGAUUAAUUAUGGUUUUGAUUAUAAUUGAAAAAUCAAUUCAUCAUGAAUAGUGAGCAACGUUUAACAGUUUCUUAAUUAAUGACUUUUCUCGUCAGAAGAAAAUUUGAAGAAAUUUGUCGGCUGUUUUGGUAAACAACAUACAAGAGAUGUUUCAGCGUAGAAAUAAAGGAUCACGAAGUCAACGAGAAAAGCUGCAAACGCGUUGAAACGGAGGAACGUAAAUUAGGAAACUGUAUGACACUCGGAAAUGCCCAAAUUGUUGAGCAGAGAUCGUCGUCGAUGGACCGGGGUUAAGCGUCAUGGCGAAUCAAACGACCAAUUACUAUGGGGACGUUUAUCAAUGGAAUAGCACCGUGUCGACGACCGAACAAAAUAUCCAGGCAGAAUAUUAUCUACCGAAUUGGACGGACCUCGUUUUAGCCGGACUUUUCACCAUGUUAAUCAUCGUCACUAUAGUAGGCAACACACUGGUUAUCGCGGCUGUGAUAACAACUAGGCGCCUUCGAUCCGUAACUAAUUGUUUCGUAUCCAGUUUGGCCGCUGCGGAUUUAUUGGUCGGUCUGGCUGUAAUGCCACCAGCAGUAUUAUUACAGCUCACAGGUGGUACGUGGGAGUUGGGUGCGGUACUCUGCGACUCGUGGGUCUCCCUCGACAUCCUUCUAUGUACUGCCAGCAUUCUAUCGUUAUGCGCCAUAUCCAUAGACAGGUACCUAGCCGUAACUCAACCACUGAUAUACAGUCGACGACGAAGAAGCAAAAGAUUAGCUGGUCUGAUGAUCGUUGCUGUGUGGGUGUUAGCCGGUGCUAUAACCAGUCCACCUUUACUAGGAUGCUUUCCACGGGCGACAAAUCGUGACAGUAAAAAAUGCUCGUACAAUAUGGACUCCUCGUACGUGAUAUUUUCCGCUAUGGGUUCAUUUUUUUUACCCAUGCUGGUAAUGCUUUACGUUUAUGGUCGGAUAUCCUGCGUGAUCGCCAGCCGGCACAGAAACCUCGAAGCCACCGAGACCGAAAAUACUCGACCACGACGAAACGUUUUGAUCGAACGAGCGAAGAGUAUCAGGAUACGAAGAACGGAAUGUGGGACCGGAAGUGUGACAUGUGACAGAGGCACUGACGAAGUGGAACCACCCAGCAGUAGUAGCAAAAAGUCUGGAAUCGUUCGAAGUCAUCAGCAAAGCUGCAUUAACAGAGUGGCAAGGGAGACAAAAACAGCUGGCACUUUAGCCGUGGUCGUAGGUGGAUUUGUGGCCUGCUGGCUACCCUUUUUCAUUCUAUACCUGGCUACCCCUUUCGUGCCCAUGGCACCACCGGAUAUCCUGAUGCCAGCACUUACUUGGCUAGGAUGGAUCAAUUCAGCCAUAAAUCCAUUCAUCUACGCUUUCUACUCGGCUGACUUCCGGCUCGCAUUCUGGCGGUUGACGUGCCGAAAGUGCUUCAAAAAUCGAAGCAAUUUGGAACGAAGUAAUCGUAAACUACCGACUGCAGGGACUUGGAAGAAAGAGACGUCGAGAACAUGAAGAUCGAAGACUAAAAUCACUGUGAUUUAUCUAAAAAUCCAGAUCACGUUCAUUUAAUUUAUUUCAAAUGCAUACUGUCAUUUAAUACCUCGGUUCUUUUUUACUACCUGAAGAUUAAAACGAAUAAUUUUAUUAUUCGGACAGAUAAUCUUAAGAUUUCGCACUUUUUUCAAAUUAUACUAACAUAUAAAAAUACGUUAUUAUCCGAGUAUUACUCACGGUACUCUUGAGUAAAAGAAAAAACAACCAAGACAUUUAUUUAUCCAAAUUCUAAAUAAUUGCGGUCCUAAUUGUAAGAAAACUAUAAAACUGUGUUCUGUAAGAAGGAACAUUACAUUCGCCUCCACUCGAUAAAAAAUCACCGAUACAAAAUAAUAAUUAAUCAAUCGUAGGAAAAUAGUUUUCGUUUGUCAUUACGAUAACUUGUCUAUAUCUAUCGGCGCAUAAUUGAUCUGUAAAUGUAGAAAGUACGCAAGUAUACGGAUUUUAUAAUGUCC